AUGCAAAACUCCUCACCACAAGAUUCGGAGCAGCAAAAUGGUGUGCAGUCUCACCAGCAGCAAGAAUAUUCAAAAGUGGAGGAAAUAGUUGCUAGUAAUGGAAGUGAACAUCAUCAAUUUUAUCAUGAAUUUAGAUUGGAUUUGAUAGACCAUUUUCUUGGUGUUCCGCAUGAUGUUUGGGUUGAACACUUGUUUGGUUAUUUUACUACCAAUCAAUUAUUACGUAUUAGACUUGUUUCUAAAAACUUGUCAGAUUUGGUGUGGUAUUAUUUUGUUAAUAUGAAAACCAAGUAUUCUAUUCGUGUCGGAACAACAAAUACCAAGUUUGAGAAGAUUGUUGAUCAUUUUCUUGUACAUUUACCAAAGCUUAAAAAGAUUGAUUUUCAAGAUUUUGAUUUAAUUAGUACCCUUUCACUCACUGAUGUUGGACUGAGUCAUUUGUCAAAAUUGCAAACACUAGAGGAGGUGGAAUUAUUUGCUCUCGAUGAAGCACAUGGUAGUUAUCUCAAGGAAUGGGUCAAAAACAAUAGCAAAUUAUUGGAAACAAUAACGAGUCUUAAAAUUUCAAAUACUCUCUUGGAACACCUUCCACUAUUAAAACAUUUCAAAAAUCUUAAAAUACUUUCACUUGGAAGAGAUGCCGACGAAUUGGACGUUAAUGAUCAAGAUAUGAAACAGGCUAGUAUUGAACUUCCUCCUACUUUGGAAGAAUUAGAAAUUUACUAUCCAGUUGUUUAUAGGAACGUUAAGAGCAUUGUAAACCAAUGUCCUAAUCUUGUCAAAUUUUAUGUAGGAGGCGACAAUUUACAAGACAAACCAGUUGAAAUGAUGUUAAAAUCAUUGAAAAAAUUACAAGACUUUAAAUUGGUAGUAUGUCCAAAUUAUGAUGACGAAGAUGAAGACAUGGACGAAGAAAUGACUCUUAUUCAAGGUGGCUUUUAUACUAUUUUUAAAACAGAAACUCUUAGAAAUAUAAGAUCUCUCAAUAUUCCAUACGUUCUCUCCACUGAGGCUCACAUUGUUAACGCACAAAAAUCAAUCUCUACACUGGCUCCAUAUUUAGAAAAACUAUGUUUGAAAUUUAUUCCAAGAUUUGAAGGAAGCAAGUUCACAUUUGAUGGUGUUCUAAAUACACUGAGUACUCUCACCAAGUUGAACUCAUUGACCCUCAAAUUUCAACUCUAUGCCUUCUUCCUCAAGGCCUCCAAAACCAGUUUGGAAUCACUCAAUACUACUAUGAAAAAUUCCCUGAAAUACUUGAAAAUUAAAAGUGGACUCUAUGUAAAGGGACCAUUCUCGGAGAUUAUCAAUGCUCUGGUCGGUCCAAGCUUGGAAACUCUCAUUCUAGAUAUUUUAGAAGAACCAAAUCUGGACUUUUCAUUCCUUAGAAAAUCACCAAACUUGAUUAAUUUAUUUGUUAAAGGUGAUGAAAAUACCAAUGAAGCACUAGUGAAAGUUUUCAAACCUCUCCAUGAAACACUUAAGAAGAGUAAUGUAAAAAUGAACUUUCCACUCAGUAAAGUUGAAGGAAAUGGCAUUGGAGGUUCCCUUGCACAAUACCUACCUAAAGAAAAUAUUACCAAACUCAAUUUAUAUGGAAUUAAAAAGAGCCACAUUCCAUUCCUGAGAGAGUUUAAAAAUUUAAAGAGCUUGGAGUGUAGUGCAUUUGAAGAGGAGGUUACUGAUUUUACAGAUUUUAUCCUUCCAACAUCUUUGAAAAAGCUAAUGUUCACUGGAACUCAACACCUCACUGGUUUGGAACCUGGUUUUAUUUCCAAUAUUUUGUCAUUAUCAAGAUUGCGAGAAUUGUUCUUUGUAGGAUCCGACCUUUCUGACAAGUUUAUUGAACAAUUACUUCCUCUCAACGAAAAGGAGCUUAUUUGCCUAUACCUUGAACAUAUCAAUACCAUUACAAAUAACUGUCUUCCAUACCUUGGAAAACUCACAAACUGUGAUCUUAUAGUUGUUCAAUAUUGUGAAAAUAUUCUAUUUUCCAAAGAAUUUUCCAUUUUCCAACAGGAACAUCCAUUCGUUACCAUUGUAGUAGAUGAGCCAGAAAAUGAGGAAAUGGAAAUUGAUGAGCAAUAUGAGGAAUUUAAAUCAUAUCAUGGUUGGAUUUACGGAGAUAAUAAUUACCAUGCAGUGGAGGAUUACGUCAACAUUCUUUUGGAGAGUAGAGAAAUGACCUUGGCUAAUUUUGCUUUAGAUUUAUAUUUGAGCAAAAAUCCAUAUAUUCACGACCCUAAAUCAGAACCUCUACCACAAGAAAAAAUUUAUGAUUUCUGUUACAAGUACAUACUAACAUUCCCUAGUGGCUGUGGAGGUUCUACUGGUAUUUGCAAUAUAUUCGAAUUACUUGAUCAUAUCAUGAGAGACCAUAGAGAGAUUGUAACAGAUGAAAGAAAGAAAAAGUUAGCAAAAGCCAUUGGAAAGAGCUUGGAGUUUGUGACAUCUUGUAGAUGCUUUACAAUUGCAUCCAUGAUAUUGUUCAAUCUUGGAGAAAUUAGAUACACUAUCAAUGGUCUAUUCAAACUUGAUGAAUUUACUGGUGAUGAAUCUAUUGAUCCACUCAUUGAACAAAUAAUUCAGCAUAUUUUGGAUAAUUAUGGUAUCAUUGAGAAUUAUCCUGUUUUUUACAUUAUGCAAAUGGCAGACAUUUUAACCAGAGGCUAUCCUCACAUUUCAAAAGUUUUGGACUUUAUUCACUAUUUAAUGAAUCAAGAUAUUUUGAAGAAUCACGUUCCUACCUUACAUGCUUUGGACAAUUUUGCCAAGACACUCAAUCCUGGUGAUGAUUAUAUUUCUAAACUUUCAAUUGAGAGCUAUGAAGGAAAGGAUCCAUUAGAAUGCAUUCAUGAGAGAAUUCCACAAUCCUACAAGGAUUCUUCCAUCCACAUUACAACAGUUAAAAUUCCAAAGAGCGGAAGUAGAACAAGACACUAUGAAUCAGAACCUUUCGAAGCCUAUGGCUACAGAUGGAUUAUUGAUUUUUGUCCUAAAGACAAGGAUGAUGAAAAUGAUGAUGAACAUACUUCCUCCAUCUACUUGACUCUCGAUUCCACAAAGAGCCCACUACAACAUGACAAGUUUGACCACAUCAAACUCCAAUACAUGAUGUGCAAUUACGACUUUAACCCAAUAACAUACUUGGUCUAUGUUAAGAAAUUUAAAAUGUUGGGUGGUUCCUAUGGAGAAUAUGUAGAUGCAACUCAAUUCCAUCCAUUCGAAACAAAUGAUGAAUUUGAUAUUUACAAGUUUGUAGUUUGUCUCAAGCUGUUGGAAAUUCCAGAAUACAAAACAGAGACCACUGUUCAGAAAAUUGAACAAAUUCACCAAGGAGAAAAGGAAUUAUCUUCUAGACAUUAUGCCCCUUGGAUUUUUAGAACUUUUGACGAAUUGCCAACAUCCAUUCAUACUGUUUCUAUUCUUUCUACAUCAGAGGAGAAUGGUGAUGAUUGUUAUUCAGAUAUUAUCAAUGCAUUUGGUUUCAAGUGGUGUGUUUGUUUCUAUCCAAAAGGAGAAACAAAAAUGCUGGUUGAUGACCAAUCGGAUAAGUGUGCCAUCUUCCUAACUCUCUGCUCAUUUGAUAAAAACGAGGAAAAGCAUGCAUUAGAAAAAGUGGAAAUCAAAUUCAUGUUUGCCAAUGCUGACUUUGAUUCUGACUCUAUGUACAUUGGAAGAAGUACUCUUAACGGAUUAAGAAGUGCUGGUAAUUCACUGAAACGAAGAGAUUUAUACGCUCCCACCAUGUGCACUAUCAAUGGAAAGACCUACUUCAAGUAUGUGGUCAAUGUUGCAAUUGGAUUAGUUGCUUGGUCACGAAAUAGCAACUCUGAAAACGAUGAUGAUUUUGAAGAUAUUGAAGAACAGUAACAUUUCACAAAUAAUACUAUUUAUUUUUUU